CUUGUUACAUUUUAUAUCUAGAUGGCCCCUCAAGCUUCAUGUGCUCACAGGUCUCAGCUAGGGAUCUUCUGAUCUUCUUGGGCAUCGUUUCCUGUUUCCUAACACAGGCAGGCUCUGGGCUCCUGGAGCACUGCCUCAGCUGCUGUGGUACUGCAGUGCGGGGACACAUGGGGACGUGUGUCUCCUGUGCGGCCGCAGCUGUCUGUGUCUGGGACCUUAAAGCCCUGCAUGAACUCGUGUCCCUCCUGGAGGUCGAUGCCAGAGUCCUGAGUGCCAGAGUCUCAUGCUGAGCCCGUUCCCCGGACACCUACUGUCACAUAUGGUGAUUGCAACCGGGAAAGAAGAAAAAUCAGCUCUUUGAGGAGAAAGUGGUUCCUUGUUGCAGGUCCAACACAUGAGAAUGGAUAAAAGAAUUGGGUCCAGGUGAUCAGAACUGAAGCCUGCUUGUGACAACAUUGUGGGACACAGAAUGGCUCCUCCCAGGACGCGGGAGGGUAGGGGUCAUCAAGACCACCACCGGGCUCCCAGGGAGGAAGAAACCCUGGAAAAGUGGGACUGGGAUUGUCCAGAGACGCGGCGCCUCUUGGAGGACGCCUUCUUCCGCGAUGAGGAUUAUAUCCGCCAGGGCUCUGAGGACUGCCGCAAGUUCUGGGCCUUCUUUGAACGCCUGCAACGAUUCCAGACUCUCAAGACCUCCAGGAAGGAGGAGAAGGACCCCGGACAUCCCAAACACUGCAUCCCGGCCCUGGCUGAUCUGCCUCGCACUUACGAUGCCCGCUACCGCAUCAACCUCUCUGUCCUUGGCCCUGAUACAAGGGACACAUGGGGGCCGGGCAGUCGGCUGCCCCCAAAACAAGUGUCUGAGUUCCGCAGGGCCCUGCUACACUACCUGGACUUCGGCCAGAAGCAGGCGUUUGGGCGGCUGGCCAAGCUGCAGCGGGAGCGGGCGGCCCUGCCCAUCGCCCAGUACGGGAACUGCAUCCUGCAGACGCUGAAGCAGCACCAGGUGGUGGUGGUGGCUGGGGACACGGGCUGUGGCAAGUCCACCCAGGUGCCCCAGUACUUGCUGGCUGCUGGCUUCAGCCACGUGGCCUGCACGCAGCCCCGGCGCAUCGCUUGCAUCUCGCUGGCCAAGCGCGUCGGCUUUGAGAGCCUCAGUCAGUACGGAUCCCAGGUUGGCUACCAGAUUCGUUUUGAAAGCACACGCUCGGCGGCCACCAAGAUCGUGUUCCUGACCGUGGGGCUGCUGCUGCGGCAGAUCCAGCGUGAGCCCAGCCUGCCCCAGUACAAGGUCCUAAUCGUGGAUGAGGUCCACGAGCGGCAGCUGCACAGUGACUUCCUCCUGGGAGUCCUGCAGCGCCUGCUGCCCACGCGGCCUGACCUCAAGGUUGUCCUCAUGUCGGCCACCAUCAACAUCGCGCUCUUCUCCAGCUACUUCGGCAGCGCGCCCGUGGUGCAGGUGCCCGGGCGGCUCUUCCCCAUCACGGUCAUUUACCAGCCUCAGGAGGCUGAGCAGACAGCUUCCAAGUCCGAGAAGCUGGACCCACGGCCUUUCCUGAGGGUGCUGGAGGCCAUCGACAAUAAAUACCCAGCUGAGGAGCGUGGGGACCUCCUCGUCUUCCUCAGCGGCAUGGCGGAGAUCGGGGCUGUGCUGGAGGCUGCACAGACCUACGCCAGCCACACGCAGCGCUGGGUGGUGCUGCCGCUGCACAGCGCACUCUCUGUGGCUGACCAGGACAAGGUGUUUGACGUGGCACCCCCUGGAGUCCGGAAAUGUAUCCUCUCCACGAACAUCGCAGAGACCUCGGUCACCAUCGAAGGGAUCCGCUUCGUGGUAGAUUCAGGGAAGGUGAAGGAGAUGAGCUACGACCCCCAGGCCAAGCUGCAGCGGCUGCAAGAGUUCUGGAUCAGCCAGGCCAGCGCUGAGCAGCGCAAGGGCCGGGCAGGCCGCACAGGACCCGGGGUCUGCUACCGCCUCUACGCUGAGUCUGACUAUGAUGCCUUCGCUCCCUACGCUGUUCCCGAGAUCCGGAGAGUGGCCCUGGAUGCACUGGUGCUGCAGAUGAAGAGCAUGUGUGUGGGGGACCCGCGCACCUUCCCCUUCAUCGAGCCGCCGCCCCCGGCCAGUCUGGAGACCGCCAUCCAGUACCUGCGGGACCAGGGUGCGCUGGACACCUCCGAGGCCCUCACGCCCAUCGGCUGCCUGCUAGCCCAGCUACCCGUGGAUGUGGUGAUUGGGAAGAUGCUGAUCCUGGGCUCCAUGUUCAGCCUGGCCGAGCCUGUGCUCACCAUCGCCGCUGCCCUCAGUGUGCAGUCACCCUUCACACGCAGCGCCCACAGCAGCCUGGAGUGUGCGGCAGCACGGCGCCCUCUGGAGAGUGACCAGGGCGACCCCUUCACACUCUUCAACGUUUUCAAUGCCUGGGUGCAGGUGAAGGCUGAGCGCAGCCAGAACUCGCGCAAGUGGUGCCGCCGGCGGGGCGUGGAGGAGCACCGGCUCUACGAGAUGGCCAAUCUGCGGCGCCAGUUCAAGGAGCUGCUGGAGGACCAUGGGCUGCUGGCUGGGGCCCAGUCUACUACUCCAGGGGACAGUUCCAGCCGGCUGCAGCAGCGACGUGAACGCCGGGCCCUGCAGCAGCUGAAGCGGCAGCAUGAGGAGGGUGAGGGCCGCCGGCGUAAGGUGCUGCGGCUACAGGAGGAGGCUGAGGUUGGCUCCAGCGAUGAGGACCAUGCUGGCCCUGCUGCCCGGCGUGCCGAUGACAGCGUGGACAUCCAGGACGUCAAGUUCAAGCUAAGGCACAACCUUGAGCAGCUGCAGGCAGCCGCCAGCUCGGCCCAGGCGCUGACACGGGAGCAGUUGCUCCUGCUCAAGCUGGUGCUGGCCCGCGGCCUCUACCCGCAGCUGGCUGUGCCUGACCCAUUCAACAGUGGCCGCAAGGACUCAGACCAGAUCUUCCACACCCAGGCCAAGCAGGGUGCUGUGCUGCACCCCACCAGUGUCUUCGCCAACAGCCCCGAGGUGCUGCACACACAGGAGCCGCCUGCCACAGGAGGUGGAGGGAGCCGAGAUGACAAGGACAAGAUGAGCAGCAAGCACCAGCUCCUCACCUUUGUCUCCCUGCUAGAGACCAACAAGCUGUACCUGGUCAACUGCGUCCGGGUCCCAGCCCUGCAGUCCCUCCUGCUAUUCAGCCGGUCCCUGGACACCAAUGGUGACUGCUCCCGCCUGGUGGCCGAUGGCUGGCUAGAGCUGCAGCUGGUGGACCGUGAGGGUGCCGUCCGGCUCCUGGCUCUGGCCCUGCGGCUCCGUGCACGCUGGGAGAGCACCCUGGACCGGCAGCUGUCACAGCAGGCCUGGCAGCGGCAGCGGCUCAAGGAUGAGGACGAGGAGAGCGUCGCUCCUGUGAGCUGCUCGGAGGUGGCUGCACUGAGCAGGGAGCUGCUGCAGUUCAUGGCCACCAAGGUUCCCUACAGCCUCCGGCGCCUCACAGGACUGGAAACCCACAAUCUCUAUGUGGGACCACAGACCAUCACCGCCACCCCCAGUCUCCCUGGCCUCUUUGGCAGCUCUACCCUGUCCCCACACCCCACCAAGGGUGGCUACAGCGUCACCGACUUUCUCACCUACAACUGCCUCUCGAGUGACACCGACCUCUACAGCGACUGCCUGCGCACCUUCUGGACCUGUCCGCGCUGCGACCUGCACCUGCCGUUUACGCCGCUGGAGCGCAUGGCCCAUGAGAACGCCUGUGCCGCGGGCCUGGAGGGCGACCCAGGCACUGAGGAAGCCAGCCCUGAACACCCUCAGAAGCCAUCUGCCCUACAGAGACCCUACCACUGCGACACCUGCCAGAAAGACUUCCUUUUCACGCCCACCGAGGCGCUGCGCCACCGCAGACAGCACCUGUGAGCUGUCCCCACCCGCCUGUCCCCAGUGGGACCCAUAUGUCAGCCAGGCUCGGAGUGGUGCUACUCCCAGCUUCAAGGAGGGCAUGACUUGGGGAAUAAAGUUUGUCUUCCCCUGGGAGGCUGAGGCAGGAGGA